AUGACGGGGAUGCCGCCAGGGCCGGAAAUGGCGAAGCCUUCAGCUGCUCAGUUGUCACCGGUGCUUCAGCCCUCGUCUCCUGCGCGACUGCUGAGCGGGAACGGGGGAGGAGCCGCUCCCACAGUCUCAACGGCGCCCAAUGCGUCAAGGCUGACAUUCGACGACGUCGCGAAGCAUUUCAAUGUCCCCAUCGCCGAGGCCGCCACUGCUCUCGGUAACGGCGAUAGCCCAGCGUGUGAAUCCACGCCUCCUUGUCCUUUGAUUGAUUGAUUUUUUUUGGCGAUUAUGCUUCUGUUGUCUAGGGUACGAUCAUCGCAAAUCCUGUGCAUAUUUCUUUGUUUAGUGGAUACUUUUCGUCGAACAUUUCGGGACAUUUUUUAGAGGAUUAUGUCGCUUCGUUUUUAUAAUUUUUUAUUUCGUUUUCUGUUUUUGCUUCAAUACCAUUAAUGGGAUUUGUAUGCACGAAUCAAUCUUCUGUACAUUAUCGUAGAAAUUAUAAGUUUGUUUUUUGGUAUGGUAAUUCUGGAAGCCUAAAAUUAACCUUCCCUUCAUAUGUACAUAUAUACCAAUUUGAGGACCUUAUACUUAAUGGGAACUCUGGCGACACCAAGUUUGCCGGUUUGUUGGGGACUUAAAAGAUAAAAUUAUGAUAUUCUUUCUUUUUGUCGUUAGAAGCCAUCUUCUCCGUCAGUAUCACAAUUUUUUUUUUCAGUUGAUCCUUCCCAAUUUUUUCUGAGUAAUAGAUACGUACUUAUGAAUGUUUGAGUUCGCUUUUCGUAUUUUAUUCAUUUUCGUCAUGUCUUGUGUCCCAACUGUGGAAGUAUUUAGACUUCACAGCAACAUAUGAUUUUGAUGAAGGUCAAGAUGCUACACAUUUCCUAAGUGACUUUAAAAUGCUAUCAAUUCUACAUUCUGCACAUAGCUCUGGACCACUGAUUUGCUCUCAUUGAAAACUAUCUUUCAUGCAAAAUUGGGCCAUUAGAAUGCAUUCUCGAAGCUAAUAACUUCUCAUUUCAAUUAUGUGGAUCUGUUUAUUUUAUUAUUUUUAGGUUGACUACUUUUUUUCCAGCAUGUGAGCAGAUAUUUUCUUUGCCCGGAUAUUAUGACUGGACUCGGUGGUUGGAAAAAUUACAAUAAAUUCCUAACAGAAUAAUAGUUAUAUUUAUGUCAUUUAUUGUGCAAUUCAAUCCUUUACAGCUUCGUAGUCAGACUCUGUAGAUUCUACAGAACUCCAUAUUUUUCUAACUUCUUAGUCUUUACUUGAGUGUUCUAGAAAGGGCGUGGGUUGAUUAUCCGGGCCUACUGAAGGCGGAGUGGAGUCUGAGGAGGAAACGGGGAGGGAGAAUUUUUUGUGAAAUUCUGGCUCUUUCUUAGUAAAUGACUUGAGAAGAAAAUAGAGACAGUUAUGGGUGGUGGUCAUGGAAGAAAUAAAAAGGGAGAGGAAACAUGUGAGAGAAUUAUUUCAUUGAUGACACAGACAAGUGACAUAGUUUUAUAUUUAAUGGAAUGUUUGUUGUUUGAGUGUGCACGUAUGGGUUUGGGUAACAGGAUUAUGACACAUCUCGAGUGAUGUUGUUGACCUUGAAUGACUUCCUAUGGGUGUUGUCUGGGGCUUGUUUGGAAAUGCAUAUUUUGUAGAUGUGUUGAUGUUUCAUUUGGCUUGCUCUCAUUGUCAUCUAUGCUCUGUAGAGUUCGUGUGUGGGAUUCUUUUCAGCUUGACGGUGCAUAUUCUUGAUUCUAGACUGCCAAAGAUCAGGGUAAACUUGAUCAUCUGGUUACUUGCUUAUUGCAGGCCUUUGACAAGGAAGCUUGGAAGCUGUAUACUUAGUAGACUGUUAAUGCUUUGGCCAGUAAUAUUGGGAAACUAUGUCUAACCACCUGCAUUAGUUUUUUGAAUAUCAUCGUGUACGUGAGGACCGCAUGCUACCUUGAUGACAGCCAUACAAGAGUCUUCAGAAUAUUUAUUAUAUUUGCAUUUGGGUUCAUCUGAGAACGAUCUUAGAGAAAUGGUGUAGUUAUUCAACACAAGUCUUUACCAGCGUGGAUGUUGAGAGGUUCCUAGGAGAGUGGAAUAAGGAACAUUUUCUGUGUGCAUAUUAGAGUGUGGUGGAUAUUUUCACAUAAUAAUUUAUCAUGUGCAGGUGAGGAGAAAGGAAUGGAAUGCUAUUCUGAACAAUAUCUAAGUUCACCACAUGCGUCUCUACAAUGUUGUAGGGCUGAGAAGUUGAUUCUAGUGAUCCAUUCUAGAUAGGGGUGGCCAGUGGGGCAAGAGUUAUAUAACCUGUAUGCUUAUGGUGGAGACAUUUAUUUUUAGAGGUAUUUUGCUAAGUUUAUGGUUUUUAAGGCGCUCUUUCUGUGGUUUUUUGUGAUGAAUCUUAUUUUGAAUUACGAAUGGUGAUGAAAACUAUUUUCUAAGUACAAUAAAACGUAGAAUGAUGUUGCCUCAGGACAUUGUUACUCUCCCAUGCGUAAUACCUUGAAGCACUGCGCAAGUUUUUGAAUGCCAAAUCUUGUCCUUGUCCGUACUGUUUGCUAGCAAGUGAAAUCUUAUACUUCAGAUUGAUUCUGGUUUGAAAUAUAUACAAUAAUUCUUUUCUUCUUCUUUUUCUUUGGUUUUUGCAUGUCUACACCUUGUUCUGGUUUUGAUUUCGAUCAGGUGCAACAACCUAGUAGUUACCCUUCUGUUAUAAUGCUGAGAGUUGAGCAUGGAACGCACAAGUGAUAUAAUUCCUCAUUGAUGCCAGCAUUGAAAGGUUGGCAGGGAAUUGGUUCGUUACAGUUGUUUAUGGGGGAAGGGAAAACAUAGGCUGUCAGCUAGGAGCAGUUAGUCUUGUUUCUGAAGAUCUCUUAUUCGCAUCACUGCCCUCUUUCUUGUUUAUUUAUACCGGUAAAUUUGAUUAUGGGAGUGUACACGUGAAUUUCUAAUUUCGGUUUCAAGUUUAGAGCUGCCUGAAUAUGUCAUAGCUUUCUUAUAAAUUUUGUUUUAGGAAUUUCUUCUAAGAUAAGGAAUACUUAAUCAGUUAUAACAUGUAGGUGUGUGUAGCAGCGUCUUAAAGAGGAUAUGUCGUGAGAAUGGUGUUGUAAGGUGGCCAUACCGCAAGGUAAAGAAGUUUGCAACGCUGUGUUACAGUUUCUGUUUACUUCAGAAAUAAUAAUGCUGUUGUCAGUUCAGUGUCUUGCUCUUUUCUUUUUGAUAAAUGUAGGGAGCAAAUCAUGCUGUCCAAAUUUCUUAAUAAGUUUGGUAAAUAAACUGCUUAAUAAGGGAUGUGAAAUCUGGUAAACAAAUGACUUGUCUCCACAUCUUUCUUAAUAAGUUAGCAAAAGGCAAUGAGGUGGCUGGUUAUAUUUCUAGUUCGAUCAGGGUGGAGUGAUGAAGUGUGUAGAGGCACUCUCCUUAUCAUCAUUUAAAUAUAAUGCCAUUAUUCUACUUUAGUUGUUCUAUGUACCAACAAAGUAAGGACGAACGUUUAGCAUGUGCAAAGAAUAGAUGUAAACAGUCAGGUGGCCAUAUGAAAAAUGACACAACCUGAAACUAACAUGUUCAUGAUACCAUUUGUGUUAUACGUAAGAUUGCAAGGUACAACAUUUUUAUUGAAGAGCAAAACAGGGCGAAAUGAUGAUGAUGAUUUAAUUGGGAAAUUUCUUGGCUAUGUCAAGAUCUUGCUAUGAAUUUAUCCACUCAUCACAUGCAUCCUUUGUCUUGCAGUAACCUGGUCCAGUUAAUUCUGAAUUUGUUUUUCAUUGAGUUCCAGGCACCUAAUAAAAUAUGUGUGCGCGCGUAUGUGUGCUCAUCAUAAGGAUACAUAAUGAAAACCUUGACCUACUUUGUAUUAAAACAUUGUUUUAUGUCAAACAUUAUUUUUAUCCUUUAUUAAAACUUGAAAUGCUAAAACUUAAUGUUCUAUAAUUUUCCUGUAUGUGGAAACGCAUCGGUUAUAUUUGGAUGCAAUGAUAUACCCAUAUAAUCAACAGGUUUUUGCCUGGAUGCUGACACAUAACAUAUAUGCAAUUUAUUAUUUCUGUCAUUUCACUGUAAUUUAUGAAGGAGCUCCCAUGAAUAGAUAUAUAAUGUGUUAAAUUAUUUUCUCUGGUGCAUGAAUUUAUCCACUCAGAUCAAUGUAUAAACAUGUUUUUGUAUAAACUUGCCGUUUAAUGUUCAUACUUGUCUUCCUGAUUAAUGAAUUGUUUUGACGGAGGAAAUCGUAUGAUAAUGAUAAUGGUUGUGCCACUGUUUUCUGUGGAAAGGUGAAGCUGAACUUGGUUUCAAGAAUGGACUGCUGUGCAGCUUGGUUCCAGCCUCUUGUUCUGUUGUUGACCUCAACAUCUUGUUUCCCUGAUUCCAAAUAAAGGACCUUAAAAAAUUCCCUUCUUAAGGUCUUCUCUCAGAGUAUGAUAGGAACUAACAAAAAUGGUGCUCUAAAACUUUUUGAGCAAUGUUUGUUACGUAAGGAAUCAUUAUUCUCCUGAUUUCUCAAGUGAAAGAAAUGAUGGCGGAAAAAGAUACAGUAAAAAGUGGACACCCAAUUAUCUCCCGUUGAAGAUGCACUGAUGAAACAUAAAAAAGUUACGAUGCAAUGAAUGUGUUUGUGAAAGUUUCAUGGCAAAAUGAAUUUCUCGUUUCCUGGAGAGGUGUUUACCCAUCAUCUUAUUGCGAUCAGAUGUAUUCAUUUGCUUGUCAUGCUGCUGGUUUUGAAUUAUUUACUAUCGUCAUUCUCACAGUUUAUGUUACCCCAUUUCUAUCCUCUACUAGUAAUUGGAAACCUUUGGCACAGAUUUAGAUUUUGAUUGUUUACACGGAUGUGGUUGUUGAUGUGACAAUGUUAGAGGGGUCUGAUUGGGGAUCUAAAAAGUUUGCACUUAAAUUAAUUUAUUAUAUAUUAUAUACUAUAUGUAAUAUAUGGAUCUAUGUCAAAUACAUUUCCAAAAAAAGUGAAAAUAUAUUAUCAAUCAUAACCAAGAGGAUUCAGCAUUGAACAAACGAAAGUUAAAUUGCUUGUCCGCUUGAGAGUUUCUUGUUAUAUACAUUUACAGUUUCAAGAGAAAACAACCAGCUUUUGUGUCAUGCAAGAAUCGGGUAAAUGCUUUCAUUCACUACUUAUGAUCGUUUCAAUGUUCAAGACCUCUGUAAUCUUAAUGAAUAUUAGUUCAUUAAAAUCCAUUCAGCUGAAUGAGAGGCCAGUAACAUUACAAAUUUUAGAACAUGUGUAUAGCAGAUUUUGCUGGGAGUCCAUUUCAAACUUCUUCUUCAACAUAAAAAUUGCGUAGGAAAUAGGAUUUUCUUGGAGUGCAAGCAACACCUGCAUAACCCUCUCAUUUUUCAUUCUCCCCUAAAGUCAGAAGAUUAUGUUUGGAACCUUAAGUUGGAAUCGGAAGGACAGUACUGGAGUAGAUGGCUUCCUAUGUUACAUUAUGGCUUCAAAGAGAUAUAAACAUUACUUUAUUGGGCUGAUGGCUGCAAAAACAGUGCUUCCUGCUGACAAACUCGCUCUUCAAAUGUUGUUGAUGGAGAACCUCAUUGAGCCAUCUUUCAGACAAGAUGUGAUGGGGUGACUUUUUCAGUUAGAAGUGAUGCUCUUCUUGGAAUCUCCAAUUUUCUCGUCUUUCAGCCCCCACUCUCUCUCUCUUGUUCGCUCUCCAACAGGCACAGACAUGCACACACAUGUGUGCGCAUGCACUCAGAGAUAAAAGUUAGAAUCAUGACUGCAGGCUUAUGGAUUCAUCUGUGUAUUGCACAUGAACAUGUACACAUCUGGUGUUGACAAGGGGCUGGGUCAGUAGUGUGAUCUGACUUUGUUUUUUUGGUUAAGUUCAAUUUACUUCUCUUUUCCCCUCUGCUUGCUUAACACUCUUUUGUCUCUUCGCUUUAUCUUUCAUGUUAUUGGGUUCCUCUAUGCUUCUUUCUAAUUUAUUUUGUCUGUAUCUUUUAGUUUCUUGCUGGAAAAACUGUUGAUGACAUUAAAAAAGAUGCUGCAAAGGAAAAAAGCAAGGAGUUCGCUGAGUUGUCAAAGGUUGCAAAGGAGAUAUUGGAUCAGUCAACUAGCACAUAUUCAGUUUCAUCUUCAACAGCGUCAACUAUGUGAGUUGAGAUCCUUCUGAUCUGUCUAUUUCUGGAACCUUAUUUCGUGCGAAUGAUGCUGGCCAUCAAGUGUUUUUCUUCUAGCCAUCUAGUUUCAUCCCAUUCGUUCCCCCGAAAAAUAAUGUCUCGUUUUCAUUCUUAGCGCCCCAUUUAGUAAUGUUGUUUAUACCUAAAUGACUUAUGGGACAGGCCAUCUAUUCUGUUUCCUGUAGUGUAGUUUUCUGAAAGAGGGAGCAGUGCUGUAGUGUAGUUUUUUGA